CAGGAGGCCUUUUUGUACAUCACUCCAGGCUCCCGCUGACCUGUGCUGCUCACACCAUGGAUCAACAAAGAGAUAAAUAUGGAGAGCGGCCUGCCAGGAGCACAAAGGUUUCCCAGGGCAGCCGCAGUGGACACUCAUCUCGACCAUCUGGCUCUUCAAGUUCCUCUGGGGUCCUCAUGGUGGGGCCAAAUUUUCGUGUGGGCAAGAAGAUUGGCUGUGGAAACUUUGGUGAAUUGAAGCUUGGUAAAAAUCUCUACACCAACGAGUAUGUAGCUAUUAAACUGGAACCAGUGAAGUCAAGGGCACCACAGUUGCAUUUAGAGUACCGGUUCUACAAAACACUGGGAACUACAGCAGAGGGAGUGCCCCAGGUGUUUUACUUUGGGCCCUGUGGGAAAUACAAUGCCAUGGUUCUGGAGCUGCUGGGCCCGAGUCUAGAGGAUCUCUUUGACCUUUGUGACAGGACCUUUUCACUGAAGACUGUCUUAAUGAUAGCAAUUCAGCUGAUUUCUCGAAUGGAGUACGUGCACUCUAAAAACCUCAUCUAUAGAGAUGUAAAACCAGAAAACUUUCUCAUCGGACGGCAAGGGAAUAAAAAGGAACACAUAAUCCACAUCAUUGACUUUGGCCUGGCCAAAGAGUACAUCGACCCCGAGACCAAAAAACACAUUCCAUACCGGGAACAUAAGAGUUUGACUGGCACUGCUCGAUAUAUGUCCAUCAAUACACAUUUAGGCAAAGAGCAAAGCCGGCGAGAUGACCUGGAGGCCUUAGGCCACAUGUUCAUGUAUUUCCUUCGUGGGAGUCUACCUUGGCAAGGACUAAAGGCUGACACGUUGAAAGAACGAUACCAGAAGAUAGGAGACACAAAACGAAACACUCCCAUUGAGGUCCUCUGUGAGAACUUCCCAGAGGAGAUGGCCACCUACCUGCGAUAUGUGAGACGGUUGGACUUCUUUGAAAAGCCCGACUACGAAUAUCUGAGGACUCUGUUCACUGAACUGUUUGAGCGGAAAGGAUACACCUUCGACUACACUUACGACUGGGUUGGCAGGCAGAUACCCACACCAGUGGGGUCUGUCCAUAUAGACUCCGGAGCAUCUGCUGUCACGAGAGAGAGCCAUCCUCACAGAGACCGGCCUUCACAGCACCCACCAAUUAGAAACCAGACAGCGGUCUCAGAUCGACGAGGAGCAUGGGAGGUGCAGCCCACACGCCAAGCAAACUCCUCCUAUCUGACCUCCCACCUGGCAGCGGACAGGCACGGGGGCUCAGUGCAGGUGGUCAGUUCAACCAACGGGGAGCUGAAUGCAGACGAUCCACUGGCGGCUCAUUCCAACGCUCCGAUCACAGCUCAGGCAGAGGUGGAAGUGGUCGACGAGGCCAACUGCGUGAAAAUGCUCAACCUGUGGUGCUGCUGCUUCUUCAAGCGAAAACGGAAGAAGAACACGCCGAGGCACAAAUGAUCGUCCACCACCGGCCUGAAACGUUCCAAGUGUCCGGCUCAGUUGUUUGUGAUUUCAGAAAUCAAUAAGGUCCCAUUCAGAUAAAAGAGGCAACUGAAAGAUCGUGAUUGAAUUGUCCUCUGGAGGGAUCAGUUAAAAAUGGUUUGUUGAGAUGUACAAGAUGCUUGUGUCUUUUGAUGGGAGUCCUAUUUUAAAAAAGAAAAAAAAAAAAAAAAUUCUUUUUUUUUUUUUCCUCCAAGAUGUGUGGGAAUGUUUUGCAGGCCAGUCGGCCAAAUGGGGAACCUAUUCGUUGGAAUUUUGCAGAGGAUAAUCUUGUUUUUGUUUUCCCUCCCCAAGACGCCCAGCAUUUGUAUUUUUCUGUCCAUGUUUGGC